AAUCACCAUGUCGGUUCGUGGAACCUGCUCGCUAGGAUGCCGCUGGAGUGAUCCUAGCGGUCUGAAAGUCCUCGCACUGCGUUCACCCUAGCCCACGUCUUUGCGAAUGGCUUCUUCACGGCAGUCUUUAAGAACCAUGUGGCCUGCCAGUAUUGUCCGCAUCAUUUGGCACCCCGGCCUUGUCGCUCUUUUCAUGCAAUAUGCAUCUCUCUAAGUUUGCCUUCUUCCUGCUUGCAGGCACCGUAGCGGCCCAGAACACAGCUACUGGAGCUGCCGAUGUGGCUGCCGCUGCUGCCACGGCGAAGACAUUGAGCCCCGUCAGUCAUGUAAAGGGCAAGGCUUUCGACCGUAUUGCCAUCAUUUGGUUGGAGAACACGGACUACGAUACAGCCAAAGGAGACCCCAACCUUGCAUACUUUGCCAAAAAGGGCAUCACGCUGUCCAACCACUUUGCGGUUACCCACCCGAGCGAGCCCAAUUAUGCUGCAGCUAUCAGUGGCGAUAAUUUCGGCAUGGACAAUGACAACUUCAACGCCUUCCCCUCCAACAUUUCCACCGUCAUCGACCUCCUCGAAGCCCGCGGCAUCAGCUGGGGCGAGUACCAAGAGGACAUGCCCUACACGGGCUUCGAAGGCUUCGCCUGGGUGAACCAAAAAACCGGCGCCAACGACUACGUCCGCAAGCACAACCCCGCCGUCCUCUACGACUCCGUCGCCGCCAACCCCAACCGCCUCGCCCACAUCAAGAACCUAACCAUAUUCGCCAAAGACCUCGCCGAGGACAAGCUGCCGCAAUGGAUGUUCAUCACGCCCAACAUGACGUCCGACGGCCACGACACCUCCGUCACGACCGCCGGCACCUGGGUGCGCACCUUCCUCGACCCGCUGCUCACCAACCCAAACUUCACCAAGAACACCCUCGUCCUCAUCACCUUCGACGAAAACCACACCUACACCAUCCAGAACCAGAUCCUCGGCAUCCUCGUCGGCGACGCCGUCCCCGCGCACCUCGUCGGCACCACCGACGCGACUUACUACAACCACUUCUCCGAGAUCGCGACCGUCGAGGCCAACUGGGGCCUGCACACGCUCGGCCGCUGGGACGUGGGCGCGAAUGUGUACAAGUUCGUGGCGGAUAAAGUGGGCGAGAAGGUCCGGCCGUGGACGGGCACCCCCGCGUUCAAGGAUGUGUUCUUCAAUACGUCGUACCCGGGGCUGUUUAAUAGCGUAAACUCGUCGGUGCCGCUGCCGGUGCCGGAUACGACGGCGUGCUAUGCCGGGCGCUCGGUCUUGCCGAGUAUUGUGAGGACGUGGGGGAGGCUGGUGAGGAGCACGAUUUAUAAUACUGGGGUUGAGAUUCCGGAUGGGGCGCAUCCGCCGAAGGGGUACUAGA